AUGUUGCUAGAAAAUCUAGUAAACCAUGUUUGGAACAAUUUAUGGAGAUGUCUGUAUUACUUGUCUUUCUCCGCAAUGCUGGUGUAUGUGGCCAAAGAAUGCAAAUCUGCAUACGGUUUUAAUAAUUUGGGUCAAACUAUUAUAGUGCAAGUUGACAAACAGAAAAGGCCCGUCCCCUAUAACAUGUGCGAUUGCUCGAAAGAUAAAUUCCUUCGUGGAAAAGAUUUAUCCCUAGAAAAUAAGCAGCGCUAUGGAGAUAUAUAUAUACAACGCAGUGGUACCUAUAAAGAAGUAGUACUUACCACACCCGAUCAAUUAAUGGGCUUUUACAAAAGUGACAUCAAAAACCAUAAAAAGUUAGACACCUUUGGAGCCGGUGCUUUUUUAGUUUCGCUCUUGGGGCAAUGUUUGGGAUUUCAAAACGGUUCUAAAUGGCUUACAAAGAGGAAGGUUUUUGAUUCCUUUUUCACCCACAGGGCCGCUGUGCAGAAUCUGCCUCUCAUGAUUGAAUAUAUAUCAGAGUGGUGUGAGACAAUCAAAGUUGAACAGCCAAUAGAAAUAGAUCCACUCCACUUUAUAAGUGAAGUGCCUUUCACUAUUAUCGCAAAAUACUUGUAUGGAGAUGACUUGGCCACAACUGAAUUUUUGGAGGCCUUGAAGAACUUAGUACCAGGUCAUACACAACUUAUGCACUUCUCUUUUCUCUCUGUUAUUGGUCGUUUCAAAAUCUUUCAAUAUUUUCCUUUCAAGCAGGUAACACUUUUAUCUUCUUUCCAAAGGAAGUUUGUAAAACUAACCAUACAACAAGUCCAGAAAGCCAAAAAGCUGGGAAAGGAUUCAAUAGUUCUGCAACUAUACAAACGUGUAGAGGACGGUACAUUCACGUUGGAAAACUGGAUUCAAACGAUCGAUGAAAUUCUGUUUGCAAAUGUCGAUGUGACAGGUACAAUAAUGGCUUGGGCAUUAGUUGAAAUGGGUCUUAAUAGCGACGAGCAAAGGAUCUUAAGAGAUGAAAUCAUGAAGUAUACUUCUACGAGUUAUUUGGAGUGCUCUAUGCCCAAGGCGAAAGCUGUAAAUGAUUAUGUCAAAAGAUCGGAUACUUUCCUGCAUAUGUGUGUUCUGGAAAUCUUGAGACUUCAUCCCCUUCUCUGGUUUAGUUUCCCAGAGACCACCUCAAAGACUAUAUUAAUUGAUGGGUAUGAAAUAUUGCCCAACACGCCUAUUGUUGUCGAUCAAUAUCAAAUUAAUUAUAAUUCUCCCAUUUGGAAUCCUCCCAAUAAACACAAUGGUUACGGUAGUGAAUUUCAUCCUUGGAGGUUCUCUAAUAUUAGCCUUAGGGAUGCUUUGUACAGCCAAGUUACAUUCGGUGCUGGAGCACGUAAGUGUUUGGGAAAGAAUUUUGCAGAGAUUUUAAUCAAAACAGAACUCGUUCACAUUUUAGCUAGGUUUGAGAUAUCAACGCUAGAAGAAGUGAAGUUUUCAAAGGACACUUUUGUUGUUCAGCCAUUGGCAAAAUUAAAGCUUAGCCCUCUACCAACUAGUGAUUAUAUAUCCUUUAAGGUGUAA